CAGAAAGAGAGAGGGAGUUAUGGAGAAAUGUAAGUUUUUAUGGAGGUAAGUGAGUGAUUUGAGUGAAAGAUUAAGAUCAAAGAGAGACGUUGAAGAAGAGAGGAGGAGCUAGCUAGAGAUCAGUGAGUGAUAUUUAUUUGGCUGCGAAAAUGACGACUGGGAUGGUUCAAGAUCAGCAGAACCUUGAGAAACAGAUGGGGUGCAUGGCCGGCUUGCUUCAGAUCUUCGAUCGCCACCAGAUUCUCUCCGGCAAACGCCUCUACUCCACUAAACGCCUUCCUUCCUCGGCGGCUAUGGUGGCGUCGUCACCGGAGCCGUCGUCCAACGUAUCGCCGGAGACAUCAAAGGAGUUGGAAAAGCAACCACCGCAAAACAAAUCCCUGCCUUCACCCGACAGGUUGAACUUGAAGCAGUCUCCAUCGGCGUCGGAGCUCCGAUCUCCUUUACCGGAGCCGAGGACGCCGACGGCCGAAUCGCCUUAUCCGAAAUCUCCGCUUCCUCUUCCGGUUUUCGAAUUCAAAGAAGGCACGAGGUCGUCGUGGAAGUUUUCGAGAGACAUGCCGCGGCUCUCGCUCGAUAGCAGGGCCACAGUGGACGCCAAAGGAAGCCUUUACCCGAAGGAGAUCCGAACCAACGCCGCGAUAUUGUCCGCCAACCGAAGCGUGAACUCCGGCGAGGAUGGAGACAAGAAUCACCGCUCGCCUAGCGUCAUUGCGAGGCUAAUGGGACUGGAACCGUUACCGCAAUCGGAUCCUGAACCGAUCAAGCUCCGGAGAUCGGCUUCCGAGUCGAGAGUGAACAGAGAUCUGUACCAGCCACGGUCUAACGAUAACAAUAAUUUCCAGGCAAGGCAACCGCAGCAAGAGAAUUCGAAGAGCAAUGUUUCCGGCAAUGUAGGCAAUAAAGAGCACCGGAGCUCCAAUGGUAGACAGGUAGAUCCGAAGGCUUACAAUGUGAAAGCUCAAAACAGGGGAAUGGUGCAGAGGAAGAGCUUCUUUGACUCGGCGGAUUUUUUCCCGGAGCCGAAACAGUCCAUUUCGGUUUACGGCGAGAUUGAGAAGCGGCUGAGGAUGAGAGGCAUUGAUGAACCGUCUAAAGAUUUGGAGACAUUGAAGCAAAUCCUGGAAGCGUUACAGCUCAAAGGUCUUCUUCACUCCCGGAAAUCAUCGUCGUCUCCCCAAAUCAACUCCCGAAACUUCGUCUACGACCGGUUCGCGGAGUCGCCAAUUGUGGUGAUGAGGCCGUCCAGAUCGCCGAGUUCCACUAACCGAGCCGCCAGAUUCGGCAACGAAUCGCCGCCUUCGAGUUUCCGGUCAAGAGCUGCAGCUCACCGGAAUUCGAAUCCCGGCGGCGAGACGUAUCAGACGGCGAGCCCAAGGCGUGAGCGGCCGGAGAAUGUGCGGAGCCAGAGCAGAGGUAGAAGUCCGAACCCGCUGACCAGGAGCGAGAAUGGCGUGAGGAGUCCGAGUCGGAGAGGCCCAUUAGUGAUCGAGACGCAUAGAAAAGGAAACAGCGAUCCAGUGGAGCACAGGAGAGUCUCUCCGGUUCACUCUCCCAAGGUUAGUUCAAGACGGUCGGUCUCAGAUCAACCAAUGACCAAUCGUUCACCCAGGGUCAAGAAACCAACGGCGGAGAUCACACCCAAGGAGGAAAAAAUAACCAUCCACAGAGCAGAGGAUGAUUCCUCCACCAUGUCCGAGAGUAGCAUUAGUAAUAGUACUUCUUCACAAACCGACACUGAGAGAUGGAAGGUGGAGGAGUACAAAGAAGGGAGGAGUCUAUUGGAGAGGUGUGACAAGCUACUACACAGCAUAGCCGAGUUGCAACCGAGUCCGGUCUCCGUUCUCGACUCGUCGUUUUACAAAGAGGAAUCUUCACCCUCGCCAGUGAUGAAGCGCAGCAUUGAUUUCAAAGGUGAGAUGGUAGAUAUUUGGGGGCAGCCAAUCUGCGGAAACGAGUCGGAAUCCGACGACUCUGAUUUUGUCUACGUUUCCGAGAUUCUCCGAGCUUUGAAUUACUUACCGGAAGACUCCGACAUUUUCUCAUUGCUGGAGAAGCAGCAAGAGCUCAAGGGGAAAGACACUUCUCGAGUUUCGACACUCGAGAGGAGGCUCAUCUUCGACAUUAUCACAAAAAUUAUCGACCGCAACCGGCAAUUGCCGCCGUGGAAGGCAGUGUCACGGCAGACUUCGGUGCCGGAAAUCUGGUCGGAGUUUCGGAGAAUCCGGGUGAGGGAUGAAUCGGAGGAUUUGUUUGAAGUCAUAUGCGGAGUAUUGAAGAAGGACCUUGCAGAGGACGCAAUAAACGGGUGGGGAGACUGUUCCGUCGAAAUGUCCGACGCCGUUUUGGACAUUGAACGCCUCAUCUUCAAGGACUUGAUCGGCGAAACGAUCCGAGAUCUCGCUUCUAUUUCCCCGAAUUCCGGUAGAGUUGCGGCGCUUUGUAGGAAGUUGGUCUUCUGAAAACGGAGGGGAGAAAGGGAAGGAAGUUCCAAUUUUCGCGCCUUUUUUUUUCUUUGAAAUUAAAAAUAUGAUGUUUGUUUAGCUUUUUUAUUUUUAGAUUAGAAUAUUUGGGGAAAUGUUUGUCUACGCUCUUUUAAAAAAAAACCAGGCAAAUCUAACGGUCACAAUCUGUAAAAAAGAAAUUGUUUUUUUUCUUCUCUGAUUAUUAUUAUCAUGAUUAAAAUUUCUCUGUUUUUGAAA